AUGGGUGUUUACGGAAAGGGAAACCCACCUCCGUAUGUCAUACCAGUAGAUGGUGCCAAGGGCUCCAAUGUCAAGGUCUACCAUGUGCACACUCCAUUCACCCCCCCAAGCUCAUCUGUUGGAGGUUCUGGAAUCCAGAUGGAAUCAGCCAGACCUGUUCAGUCAACGGAAGCCAAAAACAAAUUUGUCAGCUAUGAAUCGUAUGAGCUGGGUCGCAAUCCAGGAAUGGCCACCUGCACAAGCUGCCAACAGCAGGUCUUAACCAAUGUCACCCACAAAGUGGGAGUUUACGCCUGGUUGAUGUGCUUACUCUUCAUCCUGUGCGGGUUUGUUUUGUGCUGCUGUCUGAUUCCUUUCUUCAUGAAGUUUUUCAAAGACGUCUAUCACACAUGCCCGAAAUGCAAUAAGAUCCUGCACAUUGAAAAGAAGCAAUGCUGUUAACCCCAUCCUAUCCCUUCCCCAAUUUUGUGUGGCACCUUACACUAUAUGAAGGACUGGAGGACACUUUCAGGCCAAUACAGACGCCAUCUAGUAUAAACUAAAGCUUUGUGAUCUUUGAGAACCUUUUGGUGUUCAUCUUUGCUAUUACAUUAUAUUACAUAAUACAUUAUGAAAUGAAUAUGAAUAGUCUACACAUUGUUUUGAUUGUAUAUCUAUAAUGGACUCUAAGGGAUCAGAGGGCUGAGGAGUUUGUGGAACCAUAAAUUACGUGAUGUAGUUAUCAGUAAUUUGGGCAUCAACUGCACCAUUUAAAACAGUUGUUCUCAACCAAAGGGCCUCAGCAAACUUCAAAUGGACUUCAAGAUGACUUAGAAAUUAUAUAAAUUAACACAAUGCAAUGAUUGAAAAGUAAAAAAAAACUAAAAAGCAAGAUGUUUCUUUUUAAUUUACUCCAACAACUUUUUUUUUUUUUCUUUGUAGAACCACAUAAAGGUUCUUGGUAUUGAUGGUUUCAUGAAGAACCUUUAAGGAACAACCUGUAGAAAUGUUUUAAAAAAUCCUUAUCUUGUAUAUAUUACAAACUCAUGGGAGUCAUUGAAUACUGUUGUGUGCAACGGGAGUCAAAAAGGUUGAGAGCAAACAAUUCAGAACCCACAAGAUCUCUUAAAUAAAACUAUGGAAAUCAUACUUCCAAAAUUCACUUUUUGAAUUACCAUAUUGCUCAAGCUGACUUGUUACUGUUUAGCAAUUUAUCACUUCUGUAAAAAGUCUUUAUCUUUGAUCAUGUUAAAUAUGUCAUAUGUUCAUUUAAAUGGAACGGUCUUAAACAUAAUAAUAUAAAACUGAAA